AUGUCGGGAAUAAAUCCAUCCGUCGACCGCGUAUCUAGGACCAGAUCUGUAAAUACAGAUGUUGUUGCUACACCAACUGCUACCGAUAAAUAUGAUAACUCGCGCCAUUUAAAAUAUGGUCAAACGGAAAAUCAAAAGAAAACGGACGUCUCAAAGUCUAAAAAAAAUCAUGAAAAGAAGGAGGAAGAAAGCUCUUUUAGACCUGAACUUGAUCGUAGAUACGCUUCGAGCUCAGAUUCUGCACCAACAUUGCACCAUACGUUUUAUGAAGAGUUUCUGGGUGGUGUUACUGAAAGUAAGAUUGUUGCUGAAGUCACAUUCGGAGAAAGCGCGUCGGGCGCUGCUAUCCUACAAGGGGCAUACGUUGGUGCUGACCAAACACUUGCUACUGCUCUGCGUCUCUCAGAUCAUUUAAUGGAAGCUGCACAACGAUACUUUAAUCUCGCAAUUACUAAUAAUUUCAUUCAAGGUCGAAAGACUCAACAUGUAAUUGCAGCUUGUCUAUACAUUGUAUGUCGUACUGAAAAGACAUGUCAUAUGUUGAUUGAUUUUUCCGACAUUCUGCAAGUUAAUGUCUUUACACUUGGUUCAACUUUCUUAAAAUUGGUGAAUACACUUCACCUUGUACUUCCGUUGAUCGAUCCGUCCAUAUAUAUUACAAGAUUUGCUUCUAUGUUGGAAUUUGGUGAAGAAACAGGCCGUGUUGCUAAUGAUGCUGCUAGGCUUUGUCAACGCAUGGAACGCGAUUGGAUGCAAACAGAAUUCAGGGAAACACCUACUGCAAAACUUACUGUUCGAGAUUUUAGAGUUGUUUGGCUAGAACAGGAAAGCGAUCCGCCAUCUUUUACAAGAGCUCGUAAGGCUGAGAAAAACGCAAUCGACAGACGACAACAGGCUUCAUCUGCCGAACAUGAUGGUAAUGAUCAAAUACAAACAAAUUCAUCUCAGCAGAAUGAAACAGUGGAUGACGAUAUUGAAGAUGAAUCGAGUGACGUAUUACAACAAAAAAAUGCUAUUGAAGAACAAAUAGAUCGAGAGCUUGAAGAAGAAAUGAACACUUAUCUAAAUGAUCCAGCUUUAAAACAAAUAUCUUCAGAAAUGGAAGCUAACAAGAAAGGAUCUGAAAUUAUGGAUGAUGAAGAAAUAGGUUCUGAUUUUGAUGAUGAUGAAAUAAGGAAUAUAGUUUUGUCUGAAGAAGAAGUUAAAAUAAAGACACAAGUAUGGAUGGAUAUGAAUCACGAAUACUUGAAAGAAGUUGAAGCAAAAAGGAAAAAACAAGAAAUAGAUCGUGCAAAUGGUAUUGGAGUUCGUAAAAGUGAUGAUCAGACAGUUGCCAGUACUCCAGCUGAAGCGGCAAGAAGAUUAUUUGAAGAAAGAAAUCUUUCAAAGAAGAUAAAUUUUAAGAUUUUGGAUUCACUUUUUGAUAACAUAGCAGGAGGGAGUAUACCAAAUACGCCUACUUCAUGGCGGGAUUAUGAUCCUACGAGUGUUAGUGGCUCUGGAAUUGCACGUAGUGGUACCCCAGCUAGUUCUAGAUGGGAAGAUGAUGAGGAAUUUGGCGAUUAUUAUGAUAAUAGCUAUGACAAUAAUUAUGACAAUAAUUAUGACCUUAAUUAUGACCAUAAUUAUGAACAUAAUUAUGAACAUAACGAUUACUACAGUAAUGAUGAUUAUUAUGACGAAGGACAAAAAACUAAAAGAGAAAAUGAACAAAUUAAAAAUGAACAAAUUAAACAUGAACAAAUUAAAAAUGAACAAAUUAAAAGAGAAAACGAACAAAUUAAAAGAGAAAACGAGCAAAUAAAAAGAGAAAACGAACGAAUCAAAAGAGAAAACGAACGAAUCAAAAGGGAAAAUGAUCAAAUAAAAAUAGAAAAUGAUCAAAGCAAAAGAGAAAACGAAAAUGAAGACAGACGGGCGCAUGUUUCUAAAAACAAAGAAACUCUCCAGAAUGCCUUUAAUGCAAUCGUCGAUCAGGAAAUAAAAAAGGGACGUAAAAUUACUCGAUUAUUUGAUGCAUUUGCUGAUGAGAUUGAUCUAGAUC